GCGAAUGUCGACGGCCACGCGGAUUGCAUUUGCUAUUUUGUAAAGGUAGGGUACCGAACUGACUAAGACGUGUUUUGACUAAUAUCGCUUUGUUGGUUUGCUAUUUAAUAAAAAUGGACCAAAAAACAGAUGAUCAAGGCACUCCAGAUUCUUGGGAACAGCAUUCUGAUGGUGCCUUAGAUAAUGGAGAGGAUGAUAACGAUUUGUUAAAGCCUUUUAUAGGAUUAAACGUAGAUGCCCCGCCAUUCGUACCAUCUUUUGCGACUUUAGUAGCAGCUCAAGCUGUACCUUCUGAGCAAGAUGAACCUAAUUCUGAAAGUGAAAAACAACCAGCGCCAGAUCCACCACCUUUAGCCAUGGAAAUAGACCUUAAAGAAGGGGGGGACAUAGAAAUUGGCAGUGAUGACUCUCCUGCAGACUGGGAAAAUGUUGACAUAGAAAAUAACCACAUUGCUGAUGAUGAUGAAAGUGCAGAAGUAGAAGAAGUAGAAAUUGUUACAAAAAGUAAGAAGAAAAUUUUAUUGGAGGAAGAAGAAGGGACGAGAAAGGAACAUGUAAAUGUUGUUUUUAUUGGACAUGUAGAUGCUGGAAAAUCAACCAUUGGAGGCCAACUUUUGUACUUAACAGGAAUGGUUGAUAAGCGCACACUUGAAAAAUAUGAACGAGAAGCAAAAGAAAAAAAUAGAGAAUCCUGGUACCUUUCCUGGGCUCUUGACACAAAUCAAGAAGAGCGUGACAAAGGUAAAACAGUUGAAGUUGGAAGAGCAUAUUUUGAAACGGAAAAUAAACAUUUCACUCUACUUGAUGCUCCAGGCCACAGAAGUUUUGUACCUAACAUGAUUGGUGGAGCCUGUCAGGCAGAUUUAGCUGUUCUAGUUAUCUCUGCAAGGAAAGGAGAAUUUGAAACUGGCUUUGAAAGAGGUGGUCAAACAAGAGAACAUGCAAUGUUAGCGAAAACAGCUGGAGUAAAACAUUUAGUAAUACUUAUAAAUAAAAUGGAUGAUCCAACUGUAGAAUGGUCAGAGGAAAGGUAUAAUGAAUGUAAAGAUAAACUCAUACCAUAUCUUAAGAAAUGUGGUUUCAAUCCAAAAGUUGAUGUUAUUUUUAUGCCAUGUUCUGGAUUAACUGGAGCUUUCUUGAAGGAUGUCCCAGAUGAAAGUGUUUGCCCUUGGUAUCGAGGACCUGCCUUCCUGGAGUACAUCGACACAUUGCCAUCCUUAAACAGGCCUACAGAAGGUCCGUUUAGGAUGCCAGUUGUAGACAAAUAUAAGGACAUGGGAACAGUUGUUCUUGGAAAAGUAGAAGCUGGAAAUGCUAAGAGAGGACAACAGCUGUUAUUAAUGCCAAAUAGGAAAGCUGUUGAAGUUUUACAGCUAUGGUCAGAUGAAGAUGAAGUUUUAUCUGUAAUGUCUGGGGAAAAUGUAAAAAUUAAGUUGAAAGGUGUUGAAGAAGAAGAAGUUUCAUCUGGUUUUGUUUUGUGUGAUUUUACUAAUCCUUGUAGAACUGGAAAAGUUUUUGAUGCUCAGGUGGUUGUGUUAGAACACAAAUCAAUCAUUUGUCCAGGUUACAGUGCUGUUUUACAUAUUCAUGCUGCUAUUGAAGAAGUAUCUGUAAAGGCACUAAUUUGCUUAGUGGAUAAGAAAACUGGUGACAAGGGUAAGACACGUCCAAGGUUUGUCAAACAAGAUCAAAUAGCAAUUAUGAGGCUAGAAUGUGCUGGUGUUAUUUGCCUUGAACCUUUCAAAGACUUUCCACAGAUGGGUAGAUUUACAUUGCGAGAUGAAGGUAGGACAAUCGCUAUUGGUAAAGUUCUUAGGGUUAUGGAAUGAAGUGCAACGUAUGAGCUACUAUCUGGCUGCAAAAUGAGAACUUAGUUUUGCAUCUCUAUUCUUUUAUGCUUCCAUGUUUUGUACUCACAUAAAGUGAACAGAUUCAUAUCCAGAAAGAUAUAUGCAAUAAAGUUGAAAUUUAUUAAAUUUUGUUGGAGUGCCGUUUUGAGUAUUGAGCUGUAUCAGCUGCAUUUAUGGAUGGUCCUAACUCGAAUGUUUAUCGGGGUCGACAAUAAUGUACUAUGCAAUUAUAUUGUAAAUUAUGUAAAGUUGCAUGUUACUUAAAUUGGCAUUCCAUAUUUUGAGAAUGUAUUUAUGGUUAAGGUGCUAUAUGUUUAACUCUUUCAUUCACUAAAAAAAUGCUUAUUAAUAAAAAAAAAAAUCUUGUUGCAAGUAUAGACUUCAUUUUAAGUUUGAAGUUUCUCAUUUCCAAAACAUGUUACCAUUUUCAUAAAAUCUUCUUCCACGCAAAUUUUUCUUUUCUGAUUUCUCUUUUUUUUCCUUGUGUAAAAUAUUUUAUAUGCUAUAAUUUAUUAGUGUGUCAGUUACUUUGAUGAAUUGAGAUUUCUUUAGUUUAAAAAUUUAUUUUAGUGGACCAAAUAUAUUAGAAAAAAUUAGUAACUAUUUUAAAUUAUUGUAGAUUUAUUAUUCAUAUUUAUUUCAACAGAAAGGCGUUGUUAAAUUUGUAUGUUUAUUAUAAAUAUCUUCGACUUAAUUAUAUAUGUCUGAACAACUUAAUGUAUUAGCGUUUUGCUUAGACAAAAGUUUCACUUCGUUUCUAAAAUAGUAAAAGUGAUAUUGAUUGUACUUUUAAGUUCUUUUAAUUUACUUUUUUAAAUCAUUGAUUUCAAAAUAAAUAAAAAGAGGUUGGUAAUUUUAACUGCAGUUUUUUGAGGAACAAUCAGUGCCUGUUUGUCUUUAUUUGCACAUUGAUUGCAGCUCUGUGACCAUUAUGUCGAUAAUAUUAUGCUUGCAAUUUGCAGUGCAAAUCUCCUCAGGAAAAUGCAGAAUCUGUUGAUAUUCCUUGAGGAUUGUAAAUUAUGACUUGUCAAGAGACAUUUGUUACUGAGAUCUGGGAAUAA